CCCGCCUCCCGGCGCCCGCGGCCCGGCGGAAAGACCGGAGGCGCUCCGAGUCCCGGGAGGUGGACUUGGCAACCCCGGCCCCGCGGCCCGGGCGCCCCCUCCCGCCCCUCCCGGCAUGGAGUCCGCGGGGCGCGCGCAGGCGGCGCGGGACCGGGUCCCCAGGAUCGAUGAGUACGGGUUUGAAAGGCCUGAGGACUUUGACUAUGCAGCUUAUGAAGAAUUUUUUUCCGCCUAUCUGGCGAUACUCACCAGAAGAGCCAUAAAAUGGUCUAGACUUCUAAAGGGAGGCGGUGGUAUCCAGAAGAGUAUGACACUGAAGCGCUACAUCCGGAAGGGCGUCCCGCUGGAGCACCGGGCCCGCGUCUGGAUGGGGGUGAGCGGAGCCCAGGCCCAGAUGGACCAGAACCCCGGCUACUACCGCCAUCUCCUCCAGGGAGAGAGGGAUGACAGCCUGGAGGAGGCCAUCAGGACAGAGACUGCGUUAUGUUUAUCCAUCAUCUGUCCACGGACACUUGGGCUGCUUCCACCCUCUGGCCACUACAUGAACAGGACCUUCCCUGACAACGUGCGGUUCCGGAAGGGCUCGGACCCCUGCUUGCAGAGGACCCUGUACAACGUGCUGCUGGCCUACGGGCACCACAACCGUGGCGUGGGCUACUGCCAGGGAAUGAACUUCAUAGCAGGGUAUCUGAUUCUGGUGACAAGGAGCGAAGAGGAGUCCUUUUGGCUGUUGGACGCCCUCGUUGGCAGGAUACUCCCGGAUUACUACAGCCCCUCGAUGCUGGGCCUGAAGACGGACCAGGAGGUCCUCGGGGAGCUGGUGAGGACCAAGCUGCCGGCGGUGGCGGCCCUGAUGGACAGUCAUGGCCUGCUGUGGACCCUGGUCGUGUCGCGCUGGUUCAUCUGCCUGUUUGUGGACGUCCUGCCCGUGGAGACCGUGCUUCGCGUCUGGGAUUGUCUGUUCAACGAGGGCUCCAAGAUCAUCUUCCGGGUGGCGCUGACCCUCAUCAAGCAACAUCAGGCCUUGAUCUUGGAAGCCACCAGCGUCCCCGACAUCUGUGAGAAGUUCAAGGAGAUCACCGGAGGGAGCUUCGUCACCGAAUGCCACACCUUCAUGCAGUCUGCUCACCGACGGCCCCGACCGGCUUCCGAGCUGCUGCGGGCAGUCAGAACGAACAGAGCCCACACGAGAAGAGCAAAAGCAAAAUCAGGGCUUCUGUGCAGCAACGGACACCGGCAGCAGAGUGAAGAGGGAACUCACAGAACAGGAGAGACCGUGCAAACCACGUCUGCUAAGGGGUCAACAUCCAGACACACAGAGGCCACAGCGCAACAAGGAGCCAAGGAAUUACAUUUAAAAAUGGGCAGAGCGGACUUCCCUGGCGGCGCAGUGGUUGAGAGUCCGCCUGCCAGUGCAGGGGACACGGGUUCGAGCCCUGGUCCGGGAAGAUCCCACGUGCCGCGGAGCAGCUAAGCCCGUGCGCCACAACUACUGAGCCUGUGCUCUAGAGCCUGCGAGCCACAACUACUGAGCUCGCGUGCCACAACUACUGAAGCCUGCGCGCCUAGAGCCCGUGCUCCACGACGAGAAGCCCGCGCACCGCAGCGAAGACCCAACACAGCCAUAAAUAAAUAAAUUUUUAAAAAAGAAAAAGAAAAACGGGCAGAGGGGCUUCCCUGGCGGUCCAGUGCUUCAAACUCCGCGCUUCUAAUGCAAGGGCACAGGUUUGACCCCUGGUCAGGGAACUAAGAUCCCACAUGCCGCGCGGCGUGGCCAAAAUGUUUAAAAAAACGUUUUAAGUGGGCAGAGGGCCUGAAUAGACCCUAUCCAGAAAAGACAUACAGAUGACCAACAGGUACAUGAAAAGAUGCUCAACAUCACUCGUCAUCAGGGAAGUGCAAGUGAAAACCACAAUGAGCUAUUGCCUCACACCUGUCAGAAUGGCUAUCAUCAAAAAGACCACGAAUAACAAAUGUUGGUGAGGAUGUGGAGAAAAGGGAACCCUAUUCAUACAUUGUUGGUGGGAAUGUGAAUUGGUGCAGGCACCGUGAAAAACAGUAUGGAGGUCCUCAAAAAACUAAAAAUAGAACUACCGUAAGAUCCAGCAAUCCCACUGCUGGGCAUUUAUCCAAAGGAAAUGAAAUCAGGGUCUCUAAGAGACCCCAGCCCGCCCACGUUCAUUGCAGCAUCACAAUAGCCAAGGCAUGGAAACAACCUGAAUGCCCAUACAGAUGCAUGGAUAAACAAAAUGUGGUCCAUCCAUGCAGUGGGAUUUUAUCCAGGCUUAAAAAGGAAGGUCCUGCUACCUGCUACCACAUGGAUGCACCUGGAGGACAUUAUGCACAGUAAUUUGUCACAAAAGGACAAAAACUGUCUGAUUCCACAUAUGUGAGGCCCCUGGAGGAGUCAGAUUCAUAGAGACAGAAGGGGGGGGGUGCUGGGGACAGAGUUGGGUUUGGGAAGAUGAGAAGGUUCUGGAGAUCUGAUGCCCAACAUGUGAGCAUAGCUUACACUACCCAGCCACACACCUGGAGUGGUUAGGAUGUAAAUUAUUGGGUGGGCCAAAAGGUUCGUCGUUUUCUCCGUAAGAUGGCCCUAGUGGCACUUAGUUGUCUUUAAUUUCAUUCAAAACAAUUUUGUUCAACAGAGUUUUGGAAGUCCUAGCCACAGCAAUUAGAGAAGAGAAAGAAAUAAAAGGAAUACAAAUUGGAAAAGAAGUAAAACUGUCACUGUUUGCAGAUGACAUGAUACUAUACAUAGAGA